GAGACUAUAUGCAUAAUACAGAGUCUAUACAUAACAGUGGUAAUUUUUAUGUUGCAAGACGAUCAUAUGGCAACUACAACAGCCUUAAUUAUUUACCGUGUCCAUCUUGUAAAGGUUUUUUUAAAAAGUCGACACUUCGUUUGCAUCAUAAAAAAUGUGGAGGAGAAAAUGUUGGUGGGAAAAAAUCUAUUCAUUUGGGACGAUCUAUAUCUCGUCAGUUACAUGCAAAGGCUUGUUUCACUUUACGUACUCGUAUAUUUCCUAUUUUACGUGACGAUGAGUGUGUCAAUAUUAUUCGCUAUGACUUCCUUGCUAUUACAUUAGCGAAUUAUUGGUGUGCAAUGUAUGCAGAUUCACACUUUGAUGAAAUGAUUCGUGCACGACUGCGCUUAAUUGGACGACUGCUGUUAGCUGUAAAAUCAUUGGGUAACAGUGUAACUGAUUUUUGUUCCAUAAUGAUUCCGACAAAAUAUGAUGUUGUUGUUGCCGCUAUUAAUAAGGUUGCAGGUUUGAAUGAGCAAGGCACCAUUUAUAAAGCUCCUACCACAGCUACAAUGCUUACUACAAUAUGUAAAAAAGCGGCAGACAUUUGGCAGAUUGAAUGCAUUAAAUUGAAUGAUUUCGGAAAGAAAAAGGAUGCAGAAAAUUUUUUACACCUAUUUAAAUAUUCCAGUGCUUAGAAAAUCGACUUGUACAUCAACGUCACAAGAUAGUAUCCGUUCCGUCAACUGAUGAUAUUUCAAAGCUAGUGGCGUACUUGCGCACUAAAAGAAGAGACUAUUAUAGAAAACUAAAAUCUGAACAAGAACAAAUUUCCGUAGACACUUGGAAAAACUUGGCAUCCUAUACAUUAAUUUCCCUUAUGGUAUUUAAUCGUCGCAGAGCCGGUGAAUUGGAAAGAAUCACGUUGGAAGAUUACGCUAGUUUACAUUCCAUUGAUUCCACAAAUUGUAAAGUUCAAAUGUCUAGAGGUGAAGCUUUGUUAGCACAAAGGUACAAACGGUUUGAGAUACGAGGAAAGCUUAAUAGAGCUGUACCUGUACUUGUUAAUUGGGAGAUUCAGGCUGCGUUAGAUAGUAUUAUCAGUUAUCGUGAAAAGGUUGGUGUUAACCCUAGCAAUCCUUAUGUUUUCGGAAUGCCAUCGACGGAUAAUCGUCAUCGUUAUUUACGAGCUUGCCAUCUGUUACGGCAAUAUUCGACUCUUUGUGGUGCAACAAAUCCUCAUUUACUUCGUGGUACCCAAUUACGCAAACAUAUUGCUACGCAGUGUUCUGUACGAGACUUGUCGGAAAAUGUUAUUAAAGAUGUUGCACAUUUUAUGGGUCAUGAUAAGAGUAUUCAUGACAAUAUUUACCGGCUCCCUGUUAACAAUAGGGAUAUAUUACAAAUGUCCAAGGUUUUGGAGAUGGUACAAAGAGAAUUCUAAUACGUUGCAACUUGGGCGCAGUUCUCCGAUACUGCAGGAGUCUGCAGAAAUUGAGUGGAAUGCCAGUACGCUUACUCGAGAAGAGAAUUCUAAUACGUUGCCGCUUGGGCACAGUUCUCCAAUAAUGGAGCCUGCCGCAAUGGAAUGGCAUGCCAGUGCAUCUUCGUCAAUGGACCUUCAACUUGACAGGGAUAGUUCGGAAUCAGAAAAUAGAAAAAAGGGACGUCAUAGUGCAGGCUUUAAACGAAUAUGUGGUAAAAAAGUUCCAUGGUCUAAUGAGGAAAAAUCAGCAGCAUUGACUAGUUUUUCAACAUAUUUGGCAGAGGACAGACUUCCUUCUUUAUCGCAUUUAUCUGAAGCAAUUCCCAAUAUCCCACAAUUGGCAAACCGAUCUCCAACAACCGUUAAACUUUGGUUGGAAAAUGAACUUGUACGUAGGCGAUCCUCGUCUUCAUUCAAUAAAGAUAAUGUUAAUGGUGACGAAAUACAUGGGAAUAAUGAAGGUAUAGUAUUGUCAGUUACUUUUGAAGGGGGAAGCACAUGAAGGGAUUAUGUUUUCCUUAAAAAUUGCCAACAAUUCUUUCAUAAAAUCAAAUUAUUUCUGUUGCGUCCCCAAAGUAGAAUAAAGUAUCCUUUCGUUUUUCCUUUAAUGAAAAUACCCUGUACAUAACCGUUUUGCCUUGCCUGUAUAUAUUCCUAUUUGUUACGUGUGCGCGCAUGAGCCGCAGAAGCGCAAUAUGUGUACUCGUCGCGCAGAAUUCGUCCCAUUCUUCGCUUAGAAGCCAUCAACUCAACUACGUGGAGAAGUCGCCGUUAAUCAAUGGCCGAUUAACCUUCGUCGUUCGCAUAUAGAUCUCGAUCGAUCCACAACGGGUCAAGAUGUCGCCGUGCAGUUCGCAACAUCG